AUGGAUAUUGUUGAUCCCUUAAGGACUUGUAAAGGCUAUUCUCACGUUCCCACGAUCAUUGAUUGUUUUUCUCGUUGGGUUCAAGCUAUCCCGCUCCAGGAUAUUCAAGCUUUCAGAGUACUUCAUGCCUUCCAAGCAACUUGGGUCUCUCGUUUUUGUACCCCAAGAUUUAUUACUACCGAUCAAGGUUCAAAAUUAGAAUCUGCCAUUUUCAAGGCCUAUCUUUUCUUUAUAGACUGCCAAAAAAAACGGACUGUGGCUUACCACCUAGCGGCCAAUGGCCUCAUUGAGCGCUGGCAUCGUAGCUUCAAAGCUGCCCUCAUGUGCCACAAUAGUGCCAACUGGGUAAAACUUUUACCAACAGUUCUUCUACGCCUUUACACUGCCGUUUAA